UUACCUACCAUCUACACUAUGCUCUUUAUGUAUGUAUACUGCAGUCCGACAUAUCAGUAGGCCUAUGUUACUCAGUGAUUGUUGGUCAAUGUUACAGUAAUGUCAUUUCAUAUUGAAAGAAAAUAGAUUAUUUUAGCUUACUGUAACCAAUCAUAUCAUAUUUGUGGAUCUUCUGCAGAACUGAGAGACGGCCAGGACAUGGUGGAAGACACCGGCUGUUCACACCAGAACAGGAGACCGCUAUUGUGAACAUGGUGGUGGCAAACAAUACCAUUAGACUACGAGAAAUCCAGAACCACAGAAUUGCAGACAACACAAUAUUCAAUAACAUUCACCAGGUGGGCUUGUCUACACUGGACCGUGUAUUACAGCGCAACCGAAUCCAGAUGAAACAGGUCUACAGGGUGCCAUUUGAACGAAACUCAGAGAGGGUUAAAGAACAGCGCUAUGAAUAUAUGCAAAGAGUCUUGGAGCUGGAUGCCGCUGCAAUUCAGCAUGUUUAUAUUUACAUUGAUGAGGCUGGCUUCAACCUAGCCAAAAGAAGGGGAUGGGGAUGGAACAUUUUUGGCCACCGUGCCAUUGUGAAUGUCCCUGGACAGCGUGGAGGGAACAUCACCAUGUGGGCAGCCGUCAGCCAGCCAGGCGUCCUCCAUCACCAUGCCAACCUUGGUCCCUACAACACCGCCCUUCUCAUCACAUUCCUCGACACACUACAUGGCAUCCUCAUUCCAGCCAAGCAGAGGGGUGGACCAGAGCAGCCCAGGUAUGUUGUCAUCUGGGACAACAUGAGUUUCCACCGGGCUGCUCUGGUCCGCAACUGGUUCAUCGACCACCCACAAUUUAUUGUUCUGUACCUCCCACCAUAUUCCCCAUUCCUAAACCCAAUUGAAGAGUUUUUUUCGGCAUGGCGAUGGAAGGUGUAUGACUGCCAUCCCCUCCCAUGCAUGCCUCUUCUUCAGGCAAUGGAGGAUGCAUGUGGUGAAGUUGAUGGGGGGGCUUUCGGCGGCUGGAUCCGUCACUCCAGAAGAUUCUUUCCCCGCUGUUUAGCCAGAGACAACAUCGCUUGUGAUGUAGAUGAGGUGCUGUGGCCAGACGAAAAUAGGAGGCGGGAUGCAGCCUAAUUUCUUUUGUCUUACAUUUUGCAUGUGUUUUUGUCUUUUUGUGUUUAGAGUU